AUGGGUGAUCGAGAGGAGGAUGCGGAUUUGGCCAUAUCAAAUCCACCUGCAAGUAUGUUCAAAAUCUUUUGCAACAAUUUUCUUAAAGCUAAGGUUGGUAACAUGCGUAUCGUCCAGAAACAUAGAGAUACUGGUGAAAAACCGCUGUCAAAGUCUGAGUAUAUGAAACAAGCACAAGAAUACAACUCGGAAAUAAUAGUUCCACCAAAGCACGAUUUUGAAACUCGGAAGGAGUUGGAUUUCCACGACCAGAGUGUUUUUCAUAGCCAACAGAAACCACUUCCGCGGGUUUCCAAGGCGCCGAAGCCCGUCCAACCGAUCAUUUAUCAACCUCGCAAUGAUUAA